AUGAAGAAGAGUAUAAACCUAGUACUGUUAGUGCUGCUUUGCACCAACUUCCAUCUUGCAUUCUCAUUAUUUGAUGGAUUACUCCCUAAUGGAAAUUUUGAACAAGGCCCAAAACCUUCACAACUGAAAGGCACAAAAGUGAUAGAUCCUCAUGCUAUUCCUAAGUGGGAAAUUUCAGGAUUUGUGGAGUACAUAGAAUCAGGUCACAAACAAGGAGACAUGUUGCUGGUGGUUCCAGAGGGCGUUCACGCCAUUCGUCUAGGGGACGAGGCCUCGAUCAAGACUUGGGUUAAGGUUAAAAAUGGAAUGUUUUACUCACUUUCAUUUAGUGCUUCAAGAACUUGUGCACAAGAAGAGAGAUUGAAUGUUUCUGUGUCACCAAAUUCUGAGCCUAAGGAUUGGGGAAUGUUACCUAUGCAAACAAUGUAUAGUAGUGCUGGCUGGGAUUCAUAUUCAUGGGGGUUUUUAGCAGAAUCAGAUGAAAUUCAGAUAGUGAUUCAUAAUCCUGAAAUGAAGAAGGAUAAGGCCUGUGGUCCACUUAUUGAUUCAGUUGCGCUCAAGGUUAUGAACUCUCCUAAAAGACCAAGAGGCAACAUGUUAAAGAAUGGAAAUUUCGAAGAGGGUCCAUAUAUAUUCCCCAACACAUCAUGUGGUGCCCUCAUCCCACCAAACAUUGAGGAUGAUCAUUCUCCCCUGCUCGGAUGGAUGAUCGAAUCUCUUAAAGCAGUAAAGUACAUAGAUUCUGACCAUUUCGCAGUCCCCGAGGGAAAACGAGCAGUUGAACUUGUGGCAGGGAGGGAAAGUGCACUUGCACAGGUUGUAAAAACCUUGCCCGGUAAAACCUAUGACCUAUUCUUCUCUAUAGGGGAUUCCAAGAACUCUUGUGAAGGAUCAAUGGUGGUUGAGGCAUCGGCUGGCAAGAUUAUUGGUCAAUUUCCUUAUGAAUCCAAGGGCAAUGGUGGGUUCAGACGUACUAAAUUGAGGUUUGUGGCUGUGUCACCUCGUGCAAGGAUUAGAUUUUUGAGCACAUUCUAUCACAUGAAGAUUGAUGGUUCCCUAUGUGGUCCAGUGAUUGAUGAUGUGAAAUUGGUUCGUGUUCGUAAUCUAUGA